UUAAAGCAUACUACUUUUUAUUAUAAUUAUUUCCUAAGAAAAGUCUUGUGCUUUUAUCUUUUGAUGUUCAUCAUACCUUCUUGUCUUGCCUUUUUCCCUUAAAACAUAAGCCAUAUUGCCUAAACUUAUUGCAUUACCAUAUUUGUAAAACAUUUUUCAGAUCCUUUCCUCAAAUGGAUUCGAUUAGCCGAUCUGGUGUGACUCCAAGAAAGACCAAAUUGGGUCGUACAUUCCCUAAAGUUAUGCGUAUUCGAGCUGCAACAACAACAGUAGACGAGUUUCAAAAAGUGAAGGCCCAAGACAAACCGAAAAAUGUAGAAGUCGAAAAGAAUAAUCAAAAGAAAAUAGUAAUGGACGCGUUCAUUGCUAAAGUUUUAGCGACAUUAUCAUCAGUAAAAUCUGCAUAUGCACAACUGCAGUAUUUUCAAUCUCCUUAUGACCCUGAAGGCAUUCAGUCAGCUGAUCAACUCAUGGUAUCUGAAUUGAAACACUUAUCCGAAUUAAAACAACAUUACAUAAAGAAUCAUAUCGACGACCCGUCUCCUAUCACAACAAUAAUGUUGGCAGAGAUUCAAGAACAAAAGAGUCUUUCAAAAACAUACGAAAUAACAAAAGAUCAGCUAGUUAAUCAGAGGCGAUUAAAAGACUCUGAAAUCGUCUGUUUGAAAGACAAGUUAGAUGAAAUUGAGAGAAAAAACAAGUUGAUUGAAAGAAGAUUGAAUUCGAGUGGCCCGUUAUCAUAUCAUGAGAAUCUGCAUUAUUCAAAAGUGACUCCAUCCGAUUUCGUGUCAGCUCUGAAUCACACCAUGAAAUCUAUCAGAAGUUUCGUGAAGCUAAUGGUUACCGAAAUGCAAUAUGCUAAUUGGGAUUUGGAUGCAGCAGUUGAAUUAAUCCAACCCGACGUUGUUUAUUGGAAAGAAACAGAUAAAUGCUAUGCAUUUGAGUCAUUUGUUUGUAUGGAAAUGUUUGAUGGGUUUAACCAUUCGGGUUUUUCCCUUUCAAACGGGCCAAAAAUCGCAAAAAGACGACAGUUUUUCUUUGAUAGAUAUAUGGAGUUGAAGUAUUUAAAAGCAAGGGAGUAUAUAACUUGGAAACCAAAAUCUACAUUUGCAGCAUUUUGUUGGUCCAAAUAUUUAAGACUAGUACAUCCCAAAAUGGAAUUAUUACUUUUUGGGAAUUUAAACCAAAGAAGUUUAGUAAGUGUCCAAAAAUUCCCCGAAACAACGUUUUUCGAGUCGUUUGCUGAAGUUGCUAAACGGGUUUGGUUGUUACAUUGUUUAGCCUUUUCGUUUGACCCAAAUGGUGCAUCUAUGUUUCAAGUGAGAAAACGGAGUCGGUUCUCGGAAGUGUUUAUGGAAAGUGUUAACGAAGAAGCGUUUUUGUCGCCGGAAAGUGCCCGGGAAGUGGCGUUUACAGUGGUUCCGGGGUUCAAGUUGGGUGAUAAAAGCGUUGUACAGUGUCAAGUGUACCUAAGUUGAUCCAACGGUGGUUAAGCCCAUAUGGGCCAUGCGCCAGGUCUCAUAUUUUGGUGGUAUGUGAUGCUUUUGAAAGUUGCAGCUGGUAUGUAGGUAAUGUAGCCAUGUAGGACAUAAGGUUCAUGUUUUUUUUUUUUUCUUUUCAAAAUUUGAGUGUAAGCCCAUUCCUCAAUUUUGUUAAUAUUAGGGCUGGGUGGGGGUUUAUUUGGUAAAUCUACUUCUUAAGAGAAGCAAUGUUUCUAGACAUAUUAUGGUAUGGGCAAUCAUGUUUUUAUUCUUAGAUAAUUUUACAGGUUGAAUGAAAUACAUAUUGGGCAAUCAUGUUUUGGGUUCGGCCCGGAUCAGUUUAGUAUCGGUCCGGAGUACACAUGUCAUGUUCAUCUCUGAUGUUUCGCUUUAAGGGUUUACUAUCUUGUUAUUAUGAUUGUGUGUACAAUGGUUUAACAUA